UAGACAGUGUCAGGGGUUUUCAGGAGAAAAAAACGCAUGCACUGUGUAGGACCGACGUACAUGGAGAGGAUCUUUACUCACCUAGACCUUUUUUAGAAAAUGCUACUAACACCGCAGAGAGCAUGGGAUCCACAAAGUAACUUUGGUCAAUCAGCUGCGAGAAAAAGGAAUGAAAUAGCACAAAGUUUUCUCCUCCACUCACCCCAAACCCAAUUCUCAACUCUCUCUCGCGCAUCUGUUUGUUAAGUUUUGCCAUGCCAUGGCGUCAAUUAUGUCCUUAUCUCUUAGUUAUGUUUCCCUCCCUAAAUCUCAAUUCUCAAUCUCUGGACCCCAAAAAUAUCUCCGAUUCUUCUUCCUCCGCUUCCGGCAGGACGGCAAGUUGUUGCUGUGCGCCAUUGUUCCAACGAAGAAAGAUGCUUUUCUCUUCCAUAGGCAUCUUUGCCGGAACCUUGUGCAACAUUCCACUCACCGGAAUUUCUUUGGCAGCUGAAUUUGCCGAUAUGCCAGCGCUUAGAGGGAAGGAUUAUGGAAAGACAAAAAUGCGAUACCCAGAUUACGCUGAAACUAAAUCAGGACUCCAAUAUAAGGACUUGCGACCGGGGAAUGGCCCCAAACCCAAGAUGGGUGAGACAGUAGUGGUAGACUGGGAUGGCUACACCAGAGGUUAUUAUGGCCGCAUAUUUGAAGCACAGAAUAAAACCAAGGGUGGUUCCUUUGAGGGCGAUGACAAGAACUUUGUCAAAUUCAAAAUAGGUUAUAAUGAGGUAAUACCAGCUUUUGAAGAGGUUGUUUCGGGCCUGGCUCUUGGGGGCAUUAGAAGGAUAAUUGUGCCCCCGGAACUUGGAUAUCCUGAGAAUGAUUUCAAUAAGAGUGACCCAAGACCAACAACAUUCUCGGGCCAACGAGCCUUGGAUUUUGUGUUGAGGAACCAAGAUUUGAUAGAUAAGACUCUCUUGUUUGAUAUUGAGUUGUAGAAGAUUAUACUGAACUGAUUGAUCAAAUUUUGAAUUGAUUCUCAAAUAUCACCGUCAGAACAUUGAGGUCUACCUAUUUACAGAGGAUAAGAGGAUGCAUGCAAACAACUGUUCUGUAGAAAUUUUGUUAAUAUUGAUAUUUGAUGCUUGCGUCAAAUGGCCCCGGGAAUAGAUGCUAUGAAUAGUAAGUAUAUUAUGGUCUUCGUUGUUGGUUUCUCUAGUAAUAGUAACAUAUGAGGCAUUCAAAGCAAUUCUCCCCCAACAUUGGGAUACUGUAUGAGACUGUAAGUACAUGGGAUGGAGCAUCAUAUGAUCAAUUAGAAAUUAGUAAUAGUUAGCAGAAAA